GCCUGCACGUGUGUACAUAAAUUCUGUUUUCCUUCCUGCAUGGUUAGAUCAGCAUGUGUGGUACACACUUCAGUGUCAUUCUAGGUUCUGCAAGGGUUACCAAAGACAUUGGACCUGCACGUUUAAGGACAUCAUGAGUCAGCCUACUUCAGGUAUUCUCAAAGCUGGCCGACAGAAUCAAGUUUGAAGCAGAAACUGCCUGUGAAGUGUGAAAUGUGACACUGGGUACUUGUGCAUUGAUCAUCCUGUGUAUAGCUCACUGAGAAUCCUUUCAUCAUGGAGUUUCAAGCAGUAAUCAUGGCAGGGGGUCGGGGGUCCCGUAUGCCUGACCUAACAGCCAGUGUUCCAAAGGCAUUACUUCCAGUUGGCAAUAGACCACUGGUCUGGUACCCCGUUAACAUGCUUGACAAAGCUGGAUUUGAGAGUGUGAUCAUCGUCACUUUUGAUUCAGUGAAGCGUGACUUGGUUCAGGCUCUUCAGUCAUCAGCAGGAGAGCUACUCAUCCGUCUGGACGUGGUGACAAUUCCCAGUGAUGAAGACUGGGGUACUGCAGAGUCAUUAAGAUUUAUACGUGACAAAAUCAAGACUGAUGUACUUGUCAUCAGUUGUGACUUGAUCACAGACAUAGAGCUACAUCUGCUAGCGGAUGUACAUCGGACGUAUGAUGCAUCAAUGACAAUGUUAAUGCACACUACACUGGACCAGUCCAAUGAGGGAGGAGUGUCUGUUCCAGGUACAAAAUCUAAGAGGAAGACAGAGCAGAGAGACAUUGUAGGCCUGGAUGACAAGGGUAGUAGGAUUCUCCUUCUUGCUGCUGAAGCUGAUGUAGAAGAGGCUCUUAGUGUUAAGAAGUCAGUCUUGAAGAGGUAUCCUUUCAUUCAGGUCAAAACACGGCUCAUGGAUGCCCAUAUGUACAUCCUCAAGAAGUGGGUGCUGGACUUUUUGGGAGAUAACAAAAUUGGAAGAACAUACUCAACUAUCAAAGGAGAAUUGAUACCCUAUUUAGUCAGGAAGCAGUUUUCAAGACCUAAGACUGGACAGCUUGGUCCACAGCUUGAUUCCAUGGAGUCAGUUGCUUUGCAACAAGACAAGGAUCUUUCAAGUUAUGGUGGUUUGGAUGACUUAACUAAGAAAGCUCGUGCAAUGUCCUCAUGGAAUGAGCACUCAGGGGACAUGUCUGACUACUACCAACAUGGUGAUACCUUACGGUGUCAUACUUACAUCAUGGACAGUGGUUUCUGCAUUCGAGCCAACACACUGGCAGCAUACUGUGAAGCUAACAGACAGAUUCCACAGCAGAGACAGCUUGUUGGGGAGGAUCCAUUAAUUCAUCCCACGGCAACCAUCAAGACAAAGAGUCAAGUUGGGCAAGACUCCAUGCUGGGGGAGGGAACUACUAUAGGUGAGAAGGUAUCGGUCAAGAGAUCAAUCAUUGGCAAGCACUGCAUUGUAGGAGAUAAGGUGAAAAUCAUCAAUUCCGUAGUAAUGGAUCAUGUCAACAUCAGUGAAGGAUGUACCAUUCAGGGAAGCAUAGUUUGUGGCAAUACACAUGUUAGUGAAGCCGUUGAAAUGAAGGACUGCUUAAUUGGAAGUUCUCAGAACAUACCGCCUAAAGCCAAAUAUAGCAAUGAAGUCAUUGGCAAUGCAGACAGGAUGAUGGAAAUAUGAUAUUGCAGGGGCCAGGGGUCAACACAUCACUCAGAGGUGAUUCAGGGUAUCACAGUGACUAUUUACAGCAAGGAAUCUGCUUUAUGUUGGAAGGAAUAACAUGAUGAAGACUUAGACCAGAUAGCAGAGAGAUCUUCCCAACAUCUACAAAAUUUGACCAGUUUACCUGUACCAGUAUGUUGUGAAAGCAAUUGUUAUUAAGGCACUAUACAUGUGAUGGGUUCUGGGGAGGUCUAUUUUCUUUGCCAUGCCAUUAGCAGCCAUUACACCUUAAUUCUCAUUCAUAAAAUUUCAUAAAGACAUAGAAGAAGCUUUGAAACAGUUAAAGCUCUUCAACAAUUGGUUCAAAUUCUUCUGUUGUAUCCCUACCUGUGUUAGAGGCCAUUCAGUGAAAGGUACUCUGAUUUACUUUCUGCCUCUUCAUCACAUGCUAUUCUAAAAUCAAGCUAGAAUCUGCUUCAGCUUUGUAUUGGAAUGACCUAAAACAUGACAUCGUGUUUUGUUUUUAUGUAUAUCUUUCUGGGGCUUGAUAGAUCAGGUUCCACUGUACUACUGUAGCAAAGUACACAUGCAAACAAAGCAUUGCAUCAUUAUUUUAUAGGUCUAUUCUCACAUGAUAAAGUUGCUACGAAAGACAGAUUUGCUCAUUUCCAUUCAUUUGUUAUGCUCAUAUAGACGUUCUUUAAAUCUUUAAAAGACAAGUUUAAGUGACAACUUAUUCAAAAGAAUUCCGUAGUUCAUUACUUUUUCGUUUGUCUAAGCGUCAUGUACCGCCCGCUAAAAGAGAAUGAAUUCAUCUUUUUCAAUUAAAACUAACAUCCAAUGCAGAAACUGACAUUUUCGUCGGAAUUUAGGGGCCACUUUUAUUAGUGACUGUUGAACUGUGUAUUUUCAGAGGAAAACCACUACUUGACUCAACAUGCAUUAAGAAUUCUCAACCUACGUCAGGAAUUUGUGAAAUGGAAAUGAAAGAGCAUUUGGAUUGUAUUUACAUUUUGUCAAGUACAGAAAUAAUAUAGCUUUUCCUCUCCAAGCUUAUGAAAGUCAAGAACCUUGUCAUAAUCAAUACAAAUAUUGUCUCUCUGUUCAGUGGCAUCAUGACUUUUCUACAUGAAGCAGUAGUAGAUCUGAAGUGUAAGCAAGAGUUUAGGUACAGCUACCGAAACAGAAGUUACACAGAGAUUCAAAUGUGGAUUCCGUUGUGCUGUGUACAUAUUUAUUUAUUAGCAAUGUGAUUGUAACACCUUACAUUUACAGUACAUGCUCUUUAGAUUUUUUUCACAAGUGCAGUUUGGUACAUGGUAUGAUGACAAAUAAACAUAUACCUACUCAUUUUACCCUAGCUGUGCUUGAAGCAGUAGAUGUUUCAAUCUUUUACAGCGUCUUCACAGUAAUUGAAGUCUUGCUGCAGUUGCUGGGUGACACACUUCUUAUAUUUCAAAUGCUCCAGGCACUUAUGGUAUCAGUAUAUGUUUUAUGCAAUAAAAGGUCCUUCUGACUUGCUUCAUCCAAUUUACAUCAUCAAUCUUUGAUUUCAGUGGUCAGUGAUUGGCAGCUCGCUCUUUCUCUGUGUUUGGCUCAUCAGAAACAUUUGAUAGAAUGGAUAUUGAUACUGCCUCAGUCGAAGGUGAUGAAAGUUAUCAGCGACCAUUCCCUUGAGUUGGUCAUAAACAGAUGUUAAGAUCAGCCAAGCACAUAAUUUUUUCUAUUCAUAAAUACCUUUCCAAUCAAAACAAGUUUUAAAAAUGAGAAUUUCCAACGAUUUUGUGCAACAGUUUUCAUGUUGAACGUAUGUACAGUAUGUUUAAACACCCCUGUAGCCAUAUUAUGGUAUGUUCAACUCCUCGAGUAAAUCGUAAACGAUCUCCUUGGCGCACACGUUGUGCCUACUGCAUAAAGUGGUGCACAGCCAGCCGGUACGGCGUUUGUCAACCAUUUAAGAUCGGCCAUAUGAUGGGCUCUUGAUCGUUAGAAAGGGCUGAACUUCUUAGGUAUUUAUUAACUUUGUGUCUACAGGAGAAAGAGAAUUCUUUAUUGACAAAAUGAAGUACUACUUUCAACAUUUAUUCAUGUCAUACACAAAUUCAAAACCCUUGCACUAGAAUGUUGUAAAUUACAUCAGCCAAUCAACGGUUGAAUGAUUUUGCACGGCCUGGCAUGGCUUACAUGAGGACGACUGAUUUUGAAGAUGCUAAAUUAAUGGAUAUAACUUAAAUGAUGCGUGGUCUUUUCACAGAAAACCAUUGUCAACAGACAAAAUGUACAAGAUUUAACAAGAUCUGUCAAGAUUUAACUCGUCCCUUGAUGAGAAAGAUUGUCUGAAAAGAUAGCUAAGCUUGAACUAUCCUGUCAAGUGUUUCAAGUUGAUAAGCUAAGUUAUACAUUGUCAAUUGUGUUAUGUAGAUCAGCGUAAUAAAGUCUUGUUCUUCAUGCAGAGAGAAAGAUAACAUGUUCUACUGGUUAAUCACAUUACACGAAGUUCAGAAAGAAUCUUUGAUUGAAGGAAACACAUUUAAAAACUAAUAAAAGGAAUAUCUAUACAGAACAGUCUCGUUGAGUGUCAUUUGCCAAUACAGUGUAUCGUAAGACGGGAUUAGAGUAUAAAUAAAGGAGCUUUAAAAUCUAAAUACCACAAUACGAACAGAGAACUUAAGAACAGAUGUUUAAUUACUUUUAAUUUGUUUGUUUGUAGUUCACCAUACAACUUAAUAAGUUUCCACAUUGUUUUUCACAACUUCGCCUGGCAUAACUUCAGUUUCGAAGUUACUUUUGUGGGUCUCACUUCAAUGAUGCAUUCUGAGUCGCCUUUUUGAAAUGCAAGUUAGGUUUUUUUCGCUUUACGCCAUGGCCAUGUCGUUUCAUUGGUGCACGGCUGAACCUCCACAGGGAUCAGAAGUGACCUGUUUGACUUCCUGUAAAUGAAUACAUGUAUUUGUAAAGUACAUCCUGCAUUUUUUCUUUCUUUUUUAGGUUCAAAUAAAAGAGCAACUAAAUUUA